AUGGCAGAAAUCUUGCAUUUGCUGGAAUCAAAGGUCUCUGAAUUACAGAGAGCCGAAACUUCCCAAGAGCUAAAACUUUAUCUUCGUGAUUUUCGGCGAUUGUGGGAGUUGGCCCGUGUGGAAUUCGAGUAUUCUUCUGUGGACUUGGAUUCAACUUUGCGCUAUGAGAAAACAGUUCAAGAGUAUUUGCGACUAAAAAGGCGUUUUAGAGACAAGAUAGCAGCUGGAAUUCCUUGGGUAUCUAUUGUAUCAGAAUUGAACGCUCUUUCCAAUGUGUCUCAGGAAUCGCAGAGAUCACCAUCGGAAAAGACUGAAGUAGAGCAUAAAGAUACUGAACUUAUGACGACCGAUGAUAUGCAUUUGACAAGUGCAAGUCAGGUGACUACUGCGAUGAGAGAUCUUCAUGUACAAAUGGUACAAGCGGUAGACAUGAGUGCAGCAAAUUCAAAUGAACUGGCUUCAAGCACUAGUUUAUUGGAGAGCUUGCAAGAAAAAUAUUUUGGUGUCGAAGAUGUUUUAUAUGCCAGCAAAAAGAUUAUGAGAUCGCUUAAAUUUAAUGACCAGAAAGAUUAUUACCUUGUGAUCUCUGGAUUUGGCUUUUUUAUGUUUGUUGUGUUUUAUCUUGUGUGGAAAAGGAUUGUUUGGCCGAUUUUAUCCAUGUUUUUCUGGUUUCUGAGAUGGUGA